AUGAUUGCCAAUAAAGCUAGCAAGGUUUUAACCCAACUCAACUACACCUCUAAGUACUCUUUUGCUUAAAAGUUCUUAUUCUUAUUUGGUGCUCCUGGUGUCGGUAAGGGUACUUACGCUAAAUUUUUAAAGAAGGAUUUGAAGCUCAACCACAUUUCCACUGGUGAUGAAAUCAGAAAGAUUUUGAAGGGUUAAGCUGCUUCCACUUUCUCUCCUGCUCUCAUCAAAGAAAUUAAGCAAAUUGUCGAAGCUGGUAAGCUUGUAGGAGAUGACAUCGUUGUCAACAUUAUUAAGGAAAAGUUGAAAGAAAAGGAAAGUGAAAAUGGUGUUAUUUUGGAUGGUUUCCCUCGUACUAAAUCUCAAUUAGAUAGAUACGAUUAAGAGCAUUUACCUAUUCACUUAGUUGUUAAUCUUACUCUUAACCAAUCUGUCUUAUUAGAAAAGCUUAUGGGUAGAAGAGUUUGCAACGGUUGUGGAACUACUUACAACUACUGCUCAAUCCAUAGAGACGGAUAUGAAAUGGAACCUUUACUCCCCAAGAAGGAAGGUAUUUGUGACAAAUGUGGCUCUAAGGAUAUUGUUACCAGAGCUGAUGACUCAAAGGAAGUCAUUUCUGCCCGUAUGAUUGAAUACGAAUAAAAGACUUUACCUAUCCUCAAGCUCUUUGAAGAAAGAAAGAAAGUAUUUAACUUUGAAGCUAAGAGAGGUGUUAACGACUAUCCUCGUCUUCUUCAAGAAGUUACUCCUUUACUUAAAAACAUUUGA